AGCUAUAAAAAAAGGGGAGUAGGAGGAGUCGCUUCCUUUGUGUGUGUCUCCUAUACGGCUCCUGUCUAAACUACACAGAUAGAUUUUCUUCGUGCCACUCUUGAAUAGCCUGGGCCUCCUCUCUAUUUACAGUGUAAGAAAGUAGGAGGCGAAACUUUUCUACUUUUUCAGAGAAGACAGGAUCCUGUAGGAGCCUUGUCUUCUUCCCUUCUAUCUUUUUUCGGUGUGUAGUUGUUGCCUAUCCAACGACGACCCAUUGAAAUCUGCACGACAAUGGGGGGGAACAAUUCGAUCGAACUCCUCGGCGCUCCUGGGUUGCUCCUCAUCAUAACAUGUUGAGAACGGGGCGGGCAAACAAACAACAAGUUGAUGAUGAUAUACGCGCUCCCCUCCCUCCUCCUACUCCCUCCUGGUUAGGAGCGCAUAUCAAAAUUGGACCGACAACCAUCUUACUACUCUUGAUGAUGUCUCCUUGAAUUUUCUCCGACAGUUUGCCAAUCCAUUUGAUGCUCGGCGGCGGCAGAAGAGAAGAGAUAAUGACACGGACGACGGCUGGAGACUGGCUGGCUAUAGAGGCUCCUGUUUUGGAAACACACGGCCCGCCAGACGUGAUGGGAUUAUUGACGAGCAGACGGAACUUGUCCCGGUCGCCGUGGGAGAAGCCGCCACCGCCCGUCAUUGACUUUUGCCGGGAAAAAAAGGAAAAAAGAAAAAUCGAUUAGCGGUUCUUUUCGGAAGGUCCAGAAAUAUUUGAUACGCUCCUGAUGGCCACAGCAGCACACGACGUAAUUCUAUUUUGUGGGAUGCGCCCAAUCUGCACGAAACCGUAAACAAGUUACACCGUGGGGGGGGGGGGGGGGGGAGGGGGGAGACAGCCAAUCCGAUUGACCUUUAUUUAUAUCAAUUUUGAUAUUAGAGAGUAGUGCGCGUCACUUUAACUCAUUUUUUUUUUAAAUGAUAUUGCCGGAUAAUUUGAUUUUUCCCGCUCGUAUUUCUUCAGACGCUGUGCAGACGAUAUUAAAUGUCGUAAAUCACCGCCUCCCGCCGUUGGUCAGUGUGUAUCAAAUGCGUCCAGCCCUCGAUGGUGACUGGCAUACCAAAUUUCUUUUUUUUUUCCAGGAUAUGAAAAUUCCAGGCCGUCAACUGCCCCCUGCUGGACCGUUUUCUUAUUAUUACCUCCCACUAAAAUUUUUAUAUUUUCUCUCUCCCAUUUAUAGGCAAAUGUGUGCAGAAGAAGAACCUGUUGAAAAGAUAUUGUCGUUGGCAUUUCAAGCGGGGGGAGUCCGUGACCCAGGCGACCAACAAAAGAGCACGAACGUGAAAAUCGUCUAAAAAGAAGAAGAGGUCACUGAAACUGCUGAAUAACCAAUAAUCGAUAUUCAUACUAGGAGUGGAGAGCUGCCGGGGGAGAAACUCGAUCGGAAAGCGGCUUUCAUCAAAAUUGCGUGUACCCAUCAUAAUAUCAUCAUUGAAUUGCGUUCACCAUGGGAAAUGGUGUUUUUCAGAGAUAUUAUACUACAGCAGCCCACGCCUUUUCUCGAGGUCAUUGUGAAUAGGACAAAAGGAGGGGCGACUCCUCCGUUAUGAAUAUAAAAGCCAUCAUCAUCAGUCAAAACAUUCGCUGUUUUGUGGAGAUAUGUGCGCUGGCUGGCUGCUACUGCUGGCGGUGGUGGUGGCUGGUGGAGAUUUAUCGAUUGAUCCCGCCCCUCUUUCCCGUCUGCAAUUCAAGGAAAAUCGCAUAUAUACAUGUCCUCUCCUGAACGAAAAAUCAUCUAACCGAAAAUUUGAAUGGGGUGUUUUUUUCCCGCGCUGUCACACGGAAGACUUCCGGAGGUGGAUUCCACUAAUCACGGCACCACCUAUUCCGCCUUUGACUGCUGUAGGUACGUUACACGUUGGAAGGAGAGACAUGGGCGAGGAUUAUGAUAUUGAUUAAUGCGUCUCUAGACAUCUCCCUCAUAUAGAAAUGUAUAUAGGCGAAAAAAAAUGGGGGGGGGGGGGGGGGGGCUUUCCGCUGCCUCGUUCGUUUCAUAUCGUUCGCCCAAUAAAGACCGUCAGCGGGAUUUCCCUCGCUCUCUCUUUCGUCUCUCCAUUAGAUCUAAGAGCACGCGCCGCGGUAUGCUGGGAGGAGCACCUCCCCCUGUGUGUUCGCUCCUGCUGAGCUCAGCUCAUUAUGAUGCUAAUUCACGACAGGACCGGAUAUGAUGUGCUCGCCGUGGUUCCUCAACAACACUAACGGGGGGUGGGGGUGGGACGAUCCUUUUCCAUCAGCUGCACCCCAUUUCCUUGUCUCCGUUGUAUAUUAAAACAUUGGGUGAUGAAAUAAUCUCCAUCACAUGACUCUAUGGAAAGGCAAACUUUUAUUUUUCUCGCCAGAUAGAAUCAACUGGCUCCUGAACUUUCUCUUUCCAGACUUUUGAUGGGUUGGAAAAUCUGGUAAAUUCUAUUGUAACUUUUUCUUUUUUACGAUUUGGCGGGGAUGGUAGAUGCGCGUUACAUAGGGGAAAAAAAAAAGAUCCCCGCGAAUGAAAUUGGGAUUUCAUAUCGAUCGCUCCCGCUCUCACUCCCCCCUAUUUUUAUUAUGUACAAUGUCUAACAUGGGAGAGCAGAGCUGCUAUUCGCUAAUACGCAAUAAAAGACUCGCUCGUCAAUUUCUCAAUGUUAUACUAUAUCAACUCCAUUGAAAUAGUUCAUUGAAAAGCACUUGAUUAUAUAGAAGCCCGUGUACACUGUACACUCUAUGACGCAAUGAAUGAUUUACAACAAUCAGUGCCAUUUUGAUAUCGGGGGGGCCGAAAAAUACCGCCGAGAAAUUCGAUAUGUCUAGAUCCGUUUCUCGCCGUCGGGCGGGAGUAUAUAGAUAGGAGCUAGAGAUGCCAAAUCAUAUUUCUGCCUCGUUUAUUAUUUCUAGGAUACAGGAUCGCCCACCCCCAAGAUUCACGAGCGGCCCAUCACUCCAUAUAUAUACUAGGAGCCAGGGAGAGAUCCUUUGAUCUAGACCAUCAAAGUGGAUCUAUCAUAUAUAGAGAGGGAGGCGAGCAAGGUCUAUUAUCAAUGUGGCGUGUUGGAAAGUCAGGAAUUUCUGGUGUUGGCCGUCGGGGAUGACGAUUGACUCUGGUUAUUAUGUACACAAUUCGACUACUACCCCCGGCUACACUGACGUUUGAGAUUUGAUCUCUCUCUCCCCCCCCGUCGUCGGCUUAUAAGAAGCGCAGUAGCGGACGGCGUGUGUGUUUCUUCCGGACGCCCGGCGUAGUUGUUAUAUUUAUAGGGCCGACUCACACUGCGGGUUAUUUUUUGUUGUUUGUUUGUUGAUUGUUUGUUGUAUAUUUGUAAGACGACGACUCACUGCCUGGCGAUGACGUGCGUCUUAUUAUUAUUUGACUCGUCAAAAGCCAAAAACCACCGCGCGACGCCCUUCACUCACGGUCCCGCCCCACCACCCUCUACGCUUUUUCUUCUUUCUUUUCUGUUUUCCUCAUCGUCGUCGCCAAGGUCCUCCAUCCGAAAACGCAACGGGAUAUAAAAUGUCAACGCGAUUCCCCGGAACAGGAAAAAUCGAAUCGCCGCCGGGUUUGUGUUACAUAAACGAGCGCCGCGUCUAGCUCCUUUUUUUCGCCGAGAUCCGAUGCCCUGCAAAGAGCCGUAAUAAUCAAACACACACACACGGCCAGACUAAUCGAUAAAAUGACACACGUAGUAGAUAGACAUACACACAAAUAUUUAUGUUUUAUUUUCUACCGCCCAGUUUGUCUCCCAUGACAAGAAAUAGGAGGCACGAAACGUGCGCUUUUUCUUUCCUUCGCUAAUGAAGGUUUGAAUUUGGCGAACAAUUUGUCGCCUUCGCCAUCUAGCGGUCGAUUUAAACAACUAAUUCCAAAUUCGAUUCUGAUCAUGUGACGAGUUAAAACUUAACUGGGUUGUAACAUGUCAAAUUCGACUUCGAGUCAUAAACAUAAAUCGCGUGGAUUAAAAAUUCUAUGACUUGUGCCUUUAAGUGUGAGGAAUAAAAAUGUUUUGAUUGGUUGUUGGCAGUCAACAUUUUCUGCGGUUUAUUUAUUGCCAUUUUGACGGGGGGGAAUAAAUGGCGCUAUGUGUACUGCUGUCAUCAUCAUCAUCACGUACACAUCAUCAGUUAUUCGCAUAUAUCGUUAGAUGCGCUUGAAAAGAGCUCGAUUUAAUUGGAUUCGCUCGUCAACGUUGUAUCGCAUGUGGCUCACGUAUGAGGUCGUCAAGUACGUGAGUGAAACAAGACAAGAUGGAAAAUAAAAAUUGAAAACGAAGUCGUGUAAUAGUGUCGGUGGGAAACUACUUGCUUUUGUUACAUCCGUCUGCCACAUGGCACAUUGGCCAAAAGAAAAGAAAACAGAUCCCGUUGUGAAUUUCCGUGUGAUCGUUAUAAAUCGACGACUAGCACUCUGCACAACCCAACAUUUUUUUUUUUCCAACGAGAUUUUACUUCUUUCUCUUGCGUUGAUUUAUUCAGAUGAGAGGAAAGUUUCUGAGGCGUGGCCUGACUGCUGGGUCUUUGCAUAAUGUACGGUAGAAAAAUAGCGUAGGUAUCGACUUAUCACAAGCUUACCUACAUAAUACAUAUCAUAUUCUAAUCGAAAUAUGUUGUGCAUGUCGUCGGAGGCUGUCUGUCGAGUGAGUGAAGCUUCCACUCGAAAUAUAUAUAUUCUUGUGGCUUUGAGCGUCAUCCGUCAGUUUUUGUUUUUCGAUAUAAAUCAUCCAGACAGUUCAUUUAAAAAACCCGUAGUUUAUACGUCUGUUUCCCCGGCUGCUGUUGGGAGCUCUUGUCGUGUGUGUUGAUAUGAUUUAUACUAAACACACGUUACAUAAGAGCAUCGCCGACGAGAAUAGGGAAACGUGCAGGGAAGCCUGCAGCCAGUCGAUAAAAGUUCCGAUCACGGAGCGGAUUGGUGUGUGCUGUUGUCGUCCCGCGAUUUAUCAAUCGUCGCCAUCUAGCGAACGAGUCCCAAACUCAACGCCAAGAACCAAACAGCUGAUGGGUGAAAGUGAAAUUAUGUGACGAUUUCUAACCAACGUUGGAAAAGAAAAAGGCUUUUUGGUCGAAAGAACGAGGCCAAAAUCAAUUGAAAGUGAAGUUUAAUGUGAACUAUCAAAACAGGAGAAUCACACUCUCCCUGUUGGCUUAUUCGAGAUCCUCUUUUUGUUGGCAACUCAUUUGUUCCCUCUAAAUUGUCAGCAUGGAUCCAAUCGAGGACUUGAUUUUGCAUUCGUUUAGCGACGAAGAUAGUACAGACGAUAUGGAACUUGAACACAGCAAUGACGAACUUUAUGUGACCAAUUCGGAUAUUGGCGGGAUUGAUAUGACGAAAAGCUCAGGAUCGCCCAGUGUCGAACUUCGGUUUUCACCUUCAGACAAUGAUGAACACUACACAGGCAUUUGCCCCAACAUGCCUUGGGAUGACAAACCCAAAGUUGUUGAACGGUGGCUCCAAAUGUACCAGGAAGGAACAUUCACCACCCAGUGUCUAAGGGAAUUCUGGAAGAUGGUAGUCCCACCCAACUUUUGCCCGGUGCCUGGGCACAACUGCAUGGAGUCUCUGUAUGACGAAGCACAAGUGGUGAGAGAGAUGAUACUUCCACUGGAGCAAUUCCUCUGUGCAGCACCUACUGGAGACCCCAACAAAGUGUGGGAAGAGCUCUCCAAAAAUGACAAUCCCCCGGCUCUGUGUGGUAGAGUCUUCCGAAUGGGAGAACCAACAUACAGCUGUCGGGAUUGUGGAGCUGAUCCGACAUGCGUUCUGUGCGCAGACUGUUUCCGUAACUCGGAGCACAAACAACAUCGCUACAAAUUGAGCACGUCCGUGGGAGGAGGUUAUUGUGAUUGCGGUGAUACGGAAGCUUGGCGCCAAGCCCCACGUUGCUCGCUUCAUAAGUGCGAUGCCACCGCUUCCGCCCUGUUGCUCGAUCCCGCCGCCAGAAAGAAGGCAGCUCUAGAUCGUCUGGAUCGAAUAGCGGCCGUCAACAUGGGCGAUCGCUGCAGGAUUGUCAUCGAGGCGGUGCUGAAAUACGCCCAGGAAUUGUUGGGAUCCAACACCAAUCUCAACUUGCCUGCCGACUUGAAAAUCAAAGAAGGCGAUAGCGGAUCGAUGCCGGUGGAUCGGCGUGAUUUCGGCCCAUGCGGACCGGAGCUGUACACUUCGGUGUACGCCACAGCCGUCUACAAUGACGAAUCGCACACGUUCGAGCAGGUCAUUCAAGCUCUGCAGCGUUCAUUGGAUGUCAGUUCGCGUGAGGCGGUCGAUCUGGCCACUUGUAUCGACCGGGAGGGCAGGAGCAUCGUCCGCUGUUCGUCGUUUCAGGCGUGCAAUCAAGCCCGAUCUGCCAUCGAGCGGCACACUUCACGAUUGCCUCCACGUGCCCUGAAAGUCUGCGUCCUCCUCGGACCCUUUUUGGCUCAUCAGGGACACGCCCUCCGCCUCCUCAACUGGUUGCGCAAAUUGAUGGGCAUUUGCGAAGGCUUUCGUCUCCUUUUGGCCGAUAUCAUCAUGAAGCCGAUUACGCGGGACUCUGAGGUAUCGCUCCUCGAAUCCGUCCUUCUGUCCGACACUCAGUUGUGGAAAGCCGCUCGAUCGGCUUGGCAUCGGCUCUUUAUCGCCGGAUUACUGAUGGAUCCCGAUGCCAAACGAGACUUUGCCACCAUAUUUACUCGACACUAUGGCCGGUUGAUGUCCGACUUUAUUUCGGACGAUCACGAUCAUUCGCAUAGCGUGACGUCGCUCUCUGUACAGUUGUUCACCGUACCGACGCUCGCCCAGUACUUGAUGGGCCAUCACGGAGCCUUAGCAGCGUUACUGCGAUGCUUUCUCGGCGAGAUCGAUCGCCGGAAGAACUUGGACGGACUCUUGUCCUUUGACCGAAGUCGGAAUCAACAGUCAUUCCGGCGGGCCAUGUACGUCCUCUACGACAUCAAGUACUUAUUGUCUGCUGUUCCUCUUCCGGAAUUGGACGAAGGCUUACAAAUGCAGACGCAGGUGGCCGAUGACACGGAUUCAACAUCCGGACGAUGGAGUGAUCCUUUGCGCAAAGGCUUUCUUCAGGGCCUCAGCAUGCUUCUCUCGUUACUUUCAUCCAUGGAGGGAAUGGACAGUGUCGUCCGCCAAACUGGCCAGCACGUGGAAUUCGAAGCGGAAUGGGAAGCCGCUUUCAACCUUCACUGCAAACUGGCGCCCGUCCUGACCCUUAUUGUUCAGUGGUGCGCAUCAGAUCGCAAAGUCCUUCUCAAAUCCACCAGAGCCGCUUUGAAAAAGUUUCAAGAACUGCAGCCGACCGAGCAGCAGCCCAAGAACGCCGUUACGCUCUUGAACUUUACGCAGCUCUGCUACGAUUACGACGUCUCCACGCAACCGGUCAGCGUUCACCUUCCGCUAUCGCGAAUGAUCUCCGGAUUGUUGCUGGCCCUGCCCAAACACGGACUCGAAUGGGAUUGCUCGGAGAUGACGCUGGAAGCGAAACCGACUCUCCUCCAGCUGAUGGAAGCCCCUCUCCGACUACAAGUCCUGAUGGCGCAAGUGCAAGCCGGAAUGUGGCGUCACAACGGCUACUCGCUGAUCAAUCAGCUCUACUUUUAUCAGAACGUGCGCUGCCGGACGGAAAUGUACGACCGUGACAUAGUCCUGUUGCAGCUCAGCGCCGCCCUCUUCGAUUCCCCCGAUUCUUUCCUGUUGGCAUGCCUCCAUCGCUUCAGUCUGCUGAGUUGGGCCCAGGCCGAUUUCGACGCCAACCAACAGCUGCUGGCCAAGCAGACGACUUCAUCCACCAAAAAGAGCAACGCCGAAGAAGACGGACUUCGCCAAACGAUAUUCAUCGCAGAAGAGUUUCUCCGUCUCAUCAUCAUCUUGUCACUGGAAAGAUUCACGCCCGGCAUUGGCCAGGUGGAUGAAGAUGAGUGUCUUAGCCACGAAGUGCUUCACCUGUUGUGUGUGGAAUCCCAGGGACAUGCGGCUCUCAACCGGGCCCUCCCGGAAGAUGCUCACCACGAGACGGGACUGGAGCGUGUGGCUGACAAAGUGGCCGUCUUCCGCAAACCGUUGCAGGGGACCGGCCGCGGCGUCUUUUCGCUCAAACCGGAAUUCUACGGCGACUAUAACGUGUACCACUACCACUACAGCCGCGAAGAUCAGUCGCGAUCGGAGGACAAUGUCCGCAAGAUCCGCCGUGGCCGUAACGAGGAGAACUGUUGCCCGCCACCCGUACCUAUUCCCCUGGCUCCUGCCCUGCGCAAUCUAGUCGGAUUGAUGAAUUGCCAGAUCACCAUGCACCUCAUCCACCAGGUUCUGUUGAGGACAUACGACCUCCGCUCGAGGACCUUCUCCGAGGGCCAGCUGCAGGCCGCUUUGCAUCUGACUGGACUGGCACUUCGAGAAGAAGAAUCUCGCCAGCAGGACAAGUCUCGGCCGCCUUUCGAUUUCAGCGUACAAGCUCAAGAAAACUUCCGGUUGCUCACAGUUCUCGAGUCGUUGCAAACCAACGGCCGGGUGGACGUUCAUCGCCCGUUGCUGAUGUGGACUAUCCGCAAAUUUCGCUCAGUGCACUCUGCUGCCCAGUCAAGAGGCUCUACAGAAGGAGCUGGUGGUGCCUCGAUGGAAGCCGAAUCAGCCGAAGGACCUGGACAAGAAUCCCCAGCGGAAGCUGCUGCCCGUCAAAGGAAAGCUGAAAUGGCGGCAGCUCGACGAGCUGCCAUCUUGGCUCAGAUGUCGGCCCAGCAAAAGAGUUUCAUCAAGGAGCAUGCAAAACUGUUCCAAGAAACAGAGAGUGGUGGCGCCCCGACAGCUUCGAAUCUUGGUUCAACUCUAAGCGGAUCUGCCAUGGACUUGUCUGAAUCUCCUUCUAGCGCUCAAAUCUUCCCUGUUUGCCUCGGCCCGGGCUUCACGGUGGCUCCCUCAACGUCCGAAACCAGUUACACGUGUAUCGUUUGCCAGGAAGAACAUCGCCAGACGGGCGAGCAGCCCGCCAUGGUGCUGGCGUCUUUCGUCCAGUUGUCGACCGUUUUAAGGUGGAAGAACGACAAGGCGGCGACGGAAGAGCCGCUGCCCGAAACUUGGCCGAUGCUGAUUGACGCCGGUAGGCGGAUCGGAACUCAUAUAUCAACGUGUGGCCACGUCAUGCACUUUCAGUGCUGGCAGCAACAUUUCGACUCCCUUCUCGGUCGCGAACGUAGAAGAUCUUAUCGACCCCGACAAAGCGCCAGUUACGAUGUGGAACGUCACGAGUUUCUCUGCCCGUUGUGUAAAAGCUUGUCCAACGCGGUCUUACCCAUUUUACCCAAUCGAUCCGCAUCCAGCAUCCGUCCCACUGGAUCUGAAGCUGGCCAAGCUGAUAUGAACAUUUGGUUGGAAGGCUUGCAGCUCCUUGCCGACAACACUCGAGAAGUCAAAUACGCCAAAACGGAUAACACCAACGUCUACGAAACUUGUGGGCCGGCGGAGAUGGAAACGAAAUUAGGGUCCAUGAAAUCUAAGUUGUUUGUCAACGUGCUCACGGCUCGCUCUCGACCCAAGAUCGCUGCAACUCUAAAGGAGAUGGCUUCCCUGUUCGUCCAGUCAGUAUACACGACGGCCGUAGCAGCCAACCCUAAUGCAGAUGAUAUUCGUGUUCCUAUGGCGAUUGCCCAAGCGACAGCUUACACCAUCUUAUCAACGGAAUCUUUACUUGCCUAUCAGAAUCACAGUCCUUCAACUGGGCUGGCCGCCCGUCAGGAGGAGGGACUGCGAGCGCUUCUGCGGCUUGUGAUUUCUAUGGAGUCCAUCGUCACGUCACAAGAAGUGAUGAAGAACUAUGCCCUUCACUUAUUGCGUAUGGUUCUGCUGCCCAGUAGUACAAUUUCCGUCUUAGAGAUUGACGCAUUCGGUCUAUUGCUCGGUCUCUUUUGUACCUUGCCUUCACUUAGUGAGCCAUCUUUUGACAGCGACGUCCGAGGAGUCCCCCAGUUCAACCCAAUUUUAGCUUGGCACAUUUUCCGUCUUUGUCUGUUUUGUCAUGUGACGCAAAUCGCGGCUACAAUGGCGCCCGCAUCCGACGAUAUGGAUAUGGAUCAGCCGUCGUGUAGUAGCAGCACGUUCGCCACCAGUGAAAGUUGGCAGAGUUACCUGCAGUUGCUGGGCCGCCCUGAUGUCACCCUCACGACUGAGAAGUGGGUGACGGAACAAUGUCUGCCGUUCUUCCGGUCGUCGGCCAUCCUGUUUCACUUCAUCACCAACAUCCCGUACCCGAAACUGGACGACGCUUACGACAACUACGCCGAGGCCGUCCUCUGGUUGCGCUAUUUGGGCGUCGAGUCGCUCGGCCAGCUCGUCUCGGAGAGCUGGGCCAGACCGUUGCUUUCUCUGUGGAACAUGUCGCUCGUCCCGCCGACGGCCACCACCAGUGACGUGGCCGUGGUCGAAGCGGCAGCAGCUAAACCCAGGCCACCGUGGACCUUUCCCGUUAUCUCGUCCGGGCUCAUUCAGCUCCCGUCCGACUACAGUGAGCUCAUUAACGCGGCCUCGCUCUUCACGUGUCCCAAUAGCGAGGGCGACGAAGCUCGCACUCCGGCCAUGUGCCUCGUGACUGGCAAAAUGCUCUGCUCUCAAAGCUACUGUUGCCAGACGGAAUUGGAUGGGCAGCAAGUGGGAGCCUGUACGGCUCACGCUCAAUUGUGCGGAUUAGGAGCUUGUCUAUUUUUGCGAGUCCGGGAAUGUAAACUGCUCCUGAUGGCUGGAAAAAGCAAAGGUUGUUUCUUACCUCCGCCUUACGUCGAUGCUUACGGCGAGACGGACCAGGGCCUGCGCCGGGGUGAUCCACUUCACAUUUGUGAUGCAUCGCGUCGUAAGUUGGAGCUCCUCUGGCGCUCCCACGGUCUUUACAACGAAGCGGCAAAGUACAUGGAAAACUCCCAGGCUCUCGUCGUGACCGAAUGGCACCACCUUUAAUCCUCCAAAUAUCUCUACCCCCCACACACACACCUGUGUUUAACCGCCCUUUUUUUUCUUAUUCUUCUUUCUCGUACUAUUUACAGGCUUACCUUGUUGUGGGUGUCGCAAAAAAAAAAAUUAAUUAAUGAAACUUAAUAGUUUCUAUUUUUUUUCUCUUUAUUAUUUUCGGAAUUAAACUUAGAUGAUGAAUUACUAAAUGCAAAGGCAAUGCUGGGAGAGGAAGUGGGAGGGGCUGCUGAUUGGGAGAGCCAACCAUUGAAAAAACCCCCCCUCUUUCUUUUCUGUUUGUGAAUCUUUCAAUCUUCUUUUCUCUUUCGUUUGUUUUGACAAUGUUAUAUUGUUUCUUUCUUGUAAAAGUUAAUUCUCGAUUAUAUUUCACCAUUACUUUUUUUUCUUUUCGGUUUUUCGCCUAUUAGGGAAUUGGGUUUCGAGAAGCAAACAAACAAAAAACAAUCGCGUCCACAAACACUUUUUGUGUACACUUAUUUUGGAAAAUGUUUUGAAAAGGUUUGAAAAGAUAAAACAAAAAAAUAUCGAGCGAAUAGGAAAUUUUUGAAUUUUACGCGGAGGAAGCACUUAAGUUUUCACUGUGAAAGAAGAAUUACAGAAAUAAUGAAGCAAUGAAUUUUU